UUGACAGUUGCUUGUGUGUUCGUGGCGGCCCCUGUUCUCCAAUAUCCACCUGAAAGAAAGUGAGAGAAGGAGAGAGGAGAGAGACAGACAGACAGACAGACGUGUGGAAGGGGCGAUGUCGGAUUGCUCAAUUGUUGCACUGGAUGUUAGCUGAAUCCUCUGUGGAACUUAUGAGAAUGAGACCGAGUAUUUCCCUUGGCCCCGUCUAAAUUCGCCGGAAGAUUUUAAAAUUUGCCGAGAGAGCGCCAUCUCGUCUCCUUUCCACCAACCCCCUGACCUCCCCACCCACCUCCUCCCCAUCUCGAUGUACACAGCCCGCGACCCCAGGAAGAGGAGACCCGUGCGUUGGUGAUGCGUCUUCCUCCCGUGUUUAAUCUGAGGUGGGAUUUUAACGUGUGGUUUACUUUUCCAGAAUGGCUCGCUUCGGAGACGACGUGUCAGCUCGGUAUGGAGGCGGAGGUCCUGGCGGCGGGGGGAGAGGGGCGAGCCGUCAAGGGGGACCUCAGGCCGCCCAGAGAGGGAUGUAUGGCUCCAAGUCCAUGGCCCAAAGAGCUCGGACUAUGGCUCUUUAUAACCCCAUCCCCGUCCGCCAGAACUGUUUCACAGUCAACAGAUCACUUUUUAUAUUCAGUGAGGACAAUAUCAUACGGAAAUACGCCAAAAGAAUAAUCGAGUGGCCUCCAUUUGAAUACAUGAUAUUAGCGACCAUUAUUGCAAACUGCAUCGUUUUAGCUUUGGAACAGCACCUUCCCGACGGAGAUAAAACGCCCAUGUCCGAGAGACUGGAUGACACUGAGCCUUAUUUCAUUGGAAUAUUUUGCUUUGAAGCUGGCAUCAAAAUUAUUGCUCUUGGAUUCGCUUUUCAUAAAGGUUCUUACCUACGAAAUGGCUGGAACGUGAUGGAUUUUGUGGUGGUUCUCACAGGGAUUUUAGCCACUGUUGGAACGGACUUUGAUCUGAGAACGUUGAGGGCCGUCCGAGUUUUACGGCCAUUGAAACUUGUAUCAGGAAUUCCAAGUUUACAAGUCGUACUGAAGUCGAUCAUGAAGGCGAUGGUGCCAUUGCUUCAGAUUGGGCUUCUCUUGUUCUUUGCGAUUGUGAUGUUUGCCAUUAUUGGUCUGGAAUUCUACAUAGGAAAAUUUCACCAAACCUGCUUCAGUAAAGAAACAGAUGAGCCAGUGACAGAUUUUCCAUGUGGCUCUCGGACAUGUCCAAAUGGAACGGAUUGCAGAGGAUACUGGACUGGACCCAACUAUGGAAUUACAAAUUUUGACAAUAUCUUGUUUGCUGUGCUCACUGUCUUCCAAUGUAUCACUAUGGAAGGGUGGACAGAUAUUCUGUACAAUGCAAAUGAUGCCUCAGGGAAUGUCUGGAACUGGCUGUAUUUCAUCCCGCUGAUCAUCAUUGGAUCUUUCUUCAUGCUCAACCUUGUUUUGGGUGUUUUGUCAGGGGAGUUUGCUAAAGAACGAGAAAGGGUGGAGAACAGGCGUGCAUUUCUAAAAUUAAGGCGACAACAACAGAUAGAGCAGGAAUUCAACAGAUACCUGCGUUGGAUUCACAUAGCAGAGGAGGUCAUGUUGGCAGAAGAGGACAAGAAUGCAGAGGACAAGUGCGCUUUAGAUGUUUUAAAAAGAGCAACAACGAAAAAGAGUAAGAAUGACCUGAUUAAUGCUGAGGAGGGAGAAGAUCAUUUCACAGAUAUUUCCUCUGUGGGAGCUGGAACGGAUCCGAAGCCUGCAGCAGUUUCUGUAGAUGACGCCAGCAGCAGAUUUACUCGACCCAGCCUGAAAAGUGUUAAAAAUGACAGCUCCUCCUAUUUUCGGAGGAAGGAGAAAAGGUUUCGCUUCUUCAUUCGACGCAUGGUAAAAUCACAGAGUUUUUACUGGAUUGUUCUCUGUGUGGUGGCACUUAAUACACUCUGUGUUGCAAUUGUCCACUAUGACCAGCCACUGUGGCUCACCGAGGCUCUGUAUUUUGCUGAAUUUGUUUUCCUCGGACUUUUUCUGACUGAGAUGUCACUGAAAAUGUAUGGUUUGGGACCAAGAACAUACUUCCAUUCUUCGUUCAAUUGUUUUGAUUUUGGGGUGAUUGUUGGCAGUAUUUUUGAGGUAAUCUGGGCUGCUGUGAAGCCAGGUACCUCGUUUGGUAUAAGUGUUCUUAGAGCACUUCGCCUACUCCGAAUCUUCAAAGUAACCAAGUACUGGAACUCAUUACGUAAUCUGGUAGUAUCUCUGCUGAAUUCCAUGAAAUCUAUCAUUAGUCUGCUUUUCCUACUUUUCCUGUUCAUCGUAGUCUUUGCCUUACUUGGAAUGCAGCUCUUUGGAGGACAAUUUAAUUUUGAAGAUGGAACCCCUCCGACAAAUUUUGAUACAUUCCCUGCUGCAAUUCUUACGGUGUUCCAGAUCUUGACAGGAGAAGACUGGAAUGCAGUUAUGUAUUUUGGAAUUGAAUCACAAGGAGGAGUUAAAAAAGGAAUGUUUUCAUCCAUUUAUUUUAUUAUCUUGACACUGUUUGGGAAUUACACACUUCUCAAUGUCUUCUUGGCCAUUGCAGUCGAUAACCUGGCAAAUGCACAAGAGUUGACAAAGGAUGAAGAAGAGAUGGAAGAAGCUAAUAUCCAAAAAAACACCAUCCAGAAGGCCAUAGAGGUUGCAGAUGUCAGUCCAAUAUCUGCAACUAACCUAUCUAUAGCAGCUUUUGUAAAGCAAAAUCGAGGUACUCUAUCUCGCAGCUCGUCAGUCUCCAGCGUAAAUUCACCCAAGGAUCAACAGAAAGCGUUCAAGUCAAUGUCCGUCUGGGAACAAAGGACUUCACAACUCAGGCGUCAGCACAUCCUUACUAGUCAAGAGGCUCUGUUUAAUGAACUUGACGAUGAGCAGCGCAGAGUGUAUGUCUCCUCCCAUCAGAUCCGGCCAGAUAUGAAAACCCACUUGGACCGGCCUCUGGUUGUGGAACCCAGGAAAGACGUGCGGAACAGCAAUGUUAAAGUCCGUCAAAACGAUUGCCAAGACAGCGAACAUGAGAGGUUGGUCCAGCCGGAGAGCUGCGAGGUACCAAAACGACACCAUCGGCAUCGGGAAAAGCCGAGCGAGCUCGAGAAGGGGGAUGGCACAAUUAACAAUGGAGAAUCUGGGGCCAACAGCAAAGACGAACCACGGCACUCACACAGGAGCCAAAGUAAAGAGACUGAACGAGAGCAGGAGGAAAGGCCUAAGGAUGGCAAAGGUGAUCGGAGCAGAAGUCGCGAAGGAGGGAGGAGGCACCAUCACCACCAGCAGAGCUCAGUGGAUGAACCUCCCGAGAAGGAGCACAGGCGUCACCGGUCUCACCGGCAUUGCUCAGAUCAGCAAGCCAAGGAGGGAAAUGGCACAGCCAAUGGCACAAAGGGUGAACGGCGGACACGUGCCAAAGAUGGGUCGCGUUCAGGAAAUCGAGAGGGAGACACAGCCGGCAGAAGUCAACACCCAGAAGGAGCUGAAAGACGACGCAGACACAGGCAGAAGGCCCUCUCAACCUAUGAGUCGGAGGAGAAGAGAGAGAAUGAUGAAAAGGAAGGAGAAACUGUUCUACGAGAACGACGGAAUCAUAAAAUGAAGGAGAGUCAAACACCUGUGGAUACGGCCAUGUUGGGGACCACAUCGCUGCCACCUAUUGGUGGUUUGAAGCAUGUUCCCCAGCAACCAGAGGAUGCCGACAAUCAGAAGAAUAUUAAGCUUGUGACAUUACCGACAAGAGAUACAGAGCACACCGUCACCGUCAACAUCCCAGUCACCAUCACUGCUCCUCCAGGGGAGACCACUUUACUCCCGAUCAAUAGUGUAGGUGUUGAUAUGGAAAGUACCACAAAAAUUGAGGAAAAGAAAGACAUCGAUGCUGAUGAUUUGAUCAAAAACGGGCCAAGACAGAUACCACCAUAUAGUUCCAUGUUCAUUUUCAGCCCCACAAACCCUAUUCGCAGGGCAUGCCAUUACAUUGUCAAUCUACGAUAUUUCGAGAUGUGUAUCUUGAUGGUGAUAGCAAUGAGCAGUAUAGCCCUGGCAGCAGAGGAUCCUGUGACAGCAGACUCACCAAGAAAUAAUGUUCUGAAAUAUCUGGAUUAUGUGUUCACUGGCGUUUUUACAUUUGAAAUGGUGAUAAAGAUGAUCAAUUUAGGUCUGUUACUUCAUCCUGGCUCUUAUUUCCGAGACCUUUGGAACAUUUUGGAUUUCAUUGUCGUUAGUGGUGCUCUUGUGGCUUUUGCUUUUACGAGUUUCCUCGGCGGAAACAAAGGCAAGGAUCUCAACACCAUCAAAUCCCUGCGAGUUCUCAGAGUGUUGCGGCCACUGAAAACCAUUAAACGUUUGCCAAAAUUAAAGGCUGUCUUUGACUGCGUGGUGAACUCCCUGAAGAAUGUUCUGAAUAUACUUAUCGUUUACAUGCUCUUCAUGUUCAUCUUUGCUGUCAUUGCUGUGCAGCUUUUUAAGGGUAAAUUCUUCUACUGCACUGACGAGUCAAAGGAUUUGGAAAAAGACUGCAGGGGCCAAUAUCUCGUUUAUGACAACGAUGAGAUUGAGGCAAAACCCAGGGAAUGGAAAAAGUAUGAGUUCCACUAUGAUAAUGUGCUGUGGGCCUUGCUCACACUAUUCACUGUAUCAACUGGUGAGGGCUGGCCAACCGUUUUGAAACACUCGGUGGAUGCUACAGAAGAGGAUCAGGGACCCAGCCCCCGCUACCGCAUGGAAAUGUCCAUCUUUUAUGUUGUGUACUUUGUUGUGUUUCCAUUCUUCUUUGUCAAUAUUUUUGUUGCGCUCAUUAUCAUUACAUUCCAGGAACAGGGUGAUAAGGUGCUGUCUGAGUGCAGUCUCGAGAAAAAUGAGAGAGCCUGUAUUGAUUUCGCUAUAAGUGCCAAACCACUGACUCGCUACAUGCCACAGAACAAGCAAACUUUUCAGUACAAGAUGUGGAGAUUUGUGGUCUCCCCUCCUUUUGAAUAUUUUAUAAUGGCUAUGAUCGCAAUCAAUACUGUAGUGUUGAUGAUGAAGUUUUAUAAUGCUCCUGAAUCUUAUGACAGAAUGCUGCAGUACCUGAACAUAUUAUUCACUUUUCUGUUUUCCAUGGAGUGUGUGCUGAAGCUUAUUGCAUUUGGUAUUCUGAACUACUUCCGCGAUGCAUGGAAUGUGUUUGACUUUGUAACUGUAUUGGGAAGUAUUACUGAUAUUUUAGUCACUGAGCUGGCGCAACGGAAUAACUUUAUCAAUCUCAGCUUCCUGCGGUUGUUCAGAGCAGCACGUCUUAUCAAGCUCCUCCGUCAGGGAUAUACCAUUCGUAUUUUGCUCUGGACGUUUGUGCAGUCUUUUAAGGCAUUACCUUAUGUCUGUCUCCUGAUUGCUAUGUUGUUUUUCAUCUAUGCCAUUAUUGGAAUGCAGGUAUUUGGCAACAUUGCACUAGAUGAUGACAGUGCGAUUAAUCGCCACAACAAUUUUAGGACUUUCUUACAAGCCCUAAUGCUCUUAUUCAGGAGUGCCACUGGAGAAGGCUGGCAUGAAAUUAUGUUGGCAUGUCUGAGCAAAAGCCCAUGUGAUAAAGACUCAGGCACAGAAGCCAAUGAAUGUGGAAAUGAUUUUGCCUAUUUCUACUUCGUAUCUUUCAUUUUUCUUUGUUCUUUUCUGAUGUUAAAUCUUUUUGUAGCUGUUAUUAUGGACAAUUUUGAGUAUUUAACCCGAGAUUCCUCUAUCCUGGGACCACACCACUUGGAUGAGUUCAUUCGUGUCUGGGCUGACUAUGAUCCUGGAGCCUGUUACCGGAUUCAUUAUAAGGAUAUGUACAAAUUGUUGCGUAUUAUCUCACCACCUCUUGGCUUAGGAAAGAACUGCCCACAUAGGUUGGCCUAUAAGCGGCUUGUAAGAAUGAACAUGCCAAUUGCUGAAGAUGGCUCUGUGCAUUUCACAUCUACACUGAUGGCAUUGAUUAGAACAGCCCUCGAUAUCAAGAUUGCUGGAGGAGGUUCAUACCAACAACAAUGUGAUGCUGAGCUUCGGAAGGAAUUAACUGCUGUUUGGCCAAAUCUAUCUCAAAAGGUUUUGGAUAUACUGGUGCCUCCACAUCGACCCACAGAGUUGACAGUGGGGAAGGUCUAUGCAGCGCUGAUGAUUUUUGAUUACUACAAGCAGAACAAAAGUAAAAGAAUCCAACAACAGCAGCCAGGCAGCUUGUCACAGACUCGAACAUCGUUCUUUCAGCGCAUGGUGGGAGCCUUGACACCCACGCAAGAAGAGCCCCCCUCACUUAACAACACAAAGUCCAUCUCUCAUCCGGUGAACAAGAAUGCACUCAACAAUGGUGGCAACAUUUUGUAUCAAGGUGGGCUCAAAGAAUCCUCACCCUGGUUACAGGCCCAGGAGGCAUUUACUGAAGCCAAACUACGAAAGCCUGAACUGAGUCAGGCAGAUGAAACUCCAGGUCAGCAAAGCAGCCCUCAGGCUGUGGAGAUGAGAGAGAUAGGGUCUGAUUCAAAUCAGACUGAUCAACCGGGCCUUGAGACUCAAGGACGUGCAGCAUCAAUGCCUCGAUUAACAGCAGAAACCCAGAAAACAUCUCGAUCAUCUGGGAGUGUCCUUGCACCAAUUCCAGACACAAGCCCCAUGAAGCGUUCUAUCUCUACGCUGACGCCACAGAGAUCUCACGGAAUGCAUCUCCCUGAUUACUCUCUGGAGCGGGUUAUCCCAGAGCGAAUGCCUCAUCAUCACCACCACCACCAUCAGCACCGCUGCCAUCGCAGAAAAGAGAAAAAACAACGGUCACUGGAGAGAUCUCCCACUCGGCAUGCAGAUGGAGAAACAGACCAAAGGGAUGACUUCAGUUCUGCGGCUCACCAAAAAGAACAACAAUCAAAGGAGCGUUCACGAGGUAGAUCACAGGAGCGGAAACCUCCAUCCUCCAAUGAGAAGCAACGUUACUAUUCCUGUGACCGAUAUGGCAGUCGGGAAACCCCACAGCCCAAGUCAACAGAUCACAGCCGGUCAACAUCUCCCAGUGCAGGCCCAGACUAUAGCCUCCGCAGACAGGGCAGUGGUUCGGUUAACGGCAGCCCUCUGCAGUCAGUCUCUGGUGUGAGCACCCCGUGUCGUGGUCGACGACAGCUUCCGCAGACCCCCCUAACACCGCGCCCCAGCGUCACCUACAAAACUGCAAACUCCUCUCCAACUCAGUUUAGCAACCUGCACGGUGUUUUGCCCCCAACUCCUCCAGGGAGACUCAGCCGUGGACGGUCAGAGCACAACACUUUCCUGCGCAGCGACUCCCAGAACCAAUCAUACGCUGGCGAUGAGAGCAGACAGCCAAUGGUGAUGCGAAUCGGAUCAGACCCUUACCUGGGGCACCGCGAAGCUUGCAACAGCGAUGGACUUGCACUGCCAGAGGAGACUCUGACCUUUGAGGUGGCUGUUGCCACGACUACGGGCAGGUCCCCCAGGACUUCCUGCAUCUCACCUUUCACAUCUCAGUCUCAUCAAAGCCGCAGAGUCCCAAACGGCUACCACUGCAACCUGGGUAUGAGCAUGGGUCCUGGGACAGGCGCGGGAGAGCGGCAAUAUUAUCGCGAAACAGAUGAAGACGACUGGUGCUAGCAUGGCAGUCUAGCGAGACUCUUACAGAUUAUACAUUAAUAUGAUGAGUUUUAUCAUCUGCAGGGUGUUCUGUCGGAGCUCAGAGUGUAUAUUAAUAUGCAGCAUUCAUGGGGAUUUAGAAACUGGAAAAUGUUCCAGAAAUCUGAUUUUUUAAGAGUUGCUUCAGCUUGUUUUUGCACUGAAUUUGCAAGUGAAACAUGGUUCACUUGAAGUGAAGAAAACAAAAGACUGUUUCAUUCUAGAAAACAUCUGUUUUUCUAUCUCCCUCCCUACAUUGGCUAUUUCAGAAAACAACAGAUGCCAAAUUUCUUUACAAAUAUAUUCAUAGAAAACUUGAUGAAAUGCAGUAGCCUGCUCUAGUGAACUACUAGGGCAAAAGGUGAAUGAGCUCGCCUGUUCACCAUACAGGUUGUGAGAAGGUGGCUCUCCUUUCAUCACAGACUUUGAGUACCAGAGUGGGGGGAGGGGGGAGAGGCGGGUGGGGAAAUAAGAUAUUUUAAUGCAUAUUGAGAGACUAACACAGACAGCAAAACAUUUUCAAUGUAAGACUUGAUGUUAAUAAUGGAGAAAAAUAAUGUCUUGAAUGGAGCCAGUAAACAAAUUCUGCUCUUGUACUGCACUUUGUCUUCACGUUUCUCUGCAUUGUCCACGUCUGCACCAAGAACCUCUGCAACAUGUUGAGUUCCAAGUUGUGGAGUUGUCGGCACCAUUUCUUUGGCUCCAGAGGCCUUUUGGUGUGCUGCUUUUUACACCUUAUUAAAUUAUUUUGUUGAUUUGUUUAUUUGACCAUUUCUGCCUUUUUUACUUUUCAUUCACCAUAGCGAUAACAUGGUCUGCGAUCCUGAUUUUGUAAAUUGUUGGUGAAGAUGCGCGCAUAGUCACAGUAAUUUCAUGGCAUGCACUUGUUUUUCAUAAGUGUACAAAAAGUCAGCAUUUGUAUGUAAAGAGGUAGCCUGAUGUCAUUCCACUAUGUAUUUCUUGCUCCAACUGUUGAAUUCCAAGUGCCUAACCUUUUAAAUAUCUCCUAAGUCAAGAUGCAGCCUUUUACUUUAGUGCAUCUCAACUGGUAAGUGGGAACCCUGGGAGAUAUGGCUAGAAAGCAUAGGUGAAUGAUGCUAGUGGUUUAAAUCAAAAUGUCCAUAAAUGGUUUCUUGAGAACCGAACUUGAAAUUAGUAAUGACAUGUUGCAAAAAUCAAAUUUGAAACAUAGAGCCAAAAGACUUUAUUUGGUGUUGAUAAGCAAAUAUAGGCUUUCAUCUUUUCUGAAGUUAAGACAUAGGAAGGUCAGUGCUGAAACAAUGUGCGAACCGGUACAGCAUUAUGUUUGCUGUCUUUAAAAUUCACAGUGCAUGUCCAGUCUUAUAAACUUGGUUGUAGCAGUUAUGAGCACAUGUUCUAUGGUGUACAGUUUCUAUGUUGUAAGGAUAUAUGGGAAAACAUUGCUGUUGCCGUUGUCACGUAAGUCUUUUCAAGAAAAUAUGUUGAAAAUAGCCUACAAAAUGUGCACUUUGAAGAGUCAAAUGAUGAGUAAGAACACUGGGUUACAGAGGAUGAUCCAUGUGUUUGUCAGGAGGGCUAUGCAACAAGUUGAUAUUUGUCAGGCAAAAAAGAAUAUCGUCCUUUCUGUAGCUUUAUCUGCUGGAUUUUCCUGUUUCAGGCUUCAGCAUGAUUGUGACCAAAUGUUUUAUAGAUUCUGUUAUAACAAAGGCACAAUGAUUAUUUAAUAUUUUAAAGAAAUCCAUUCUUGGCUGGGUGGGGGAAGGGGACUAUAUAUUGAUAAAAUUAAUCCUGCAAUGUUUAACAGGAAAUUUUAAGUCAAACGUACAUUGUGAAUAAUGCAUGCGCCAAUUGUACUCAUUAUUAUAGAACCUACAUCUUGCAGAAGGAUUGACUUUUUUUAAGGUAAACUUUCCCAUGGUUUUGGAAAUGAUAGUUUGUGAUGUGAUGUUGGAAAUUGAUUGUG